AUGAUCAGUCACAUGGUGUCCGAUCCCGGAAGUCGCGACUCCGGCCAUGGCUGACUCGCCGCUGUUCCAGGCGCUGCACAUGGAGAUGGCGCAUGCGCUGUGUGCGGAACAGGAGAAAGGUCUCGGUGCCCUGGAGGGAGUGGGUUUCCGAGUGGGCCAAGGACUCUCGGAGAGGUUGACAAAGGAGACUCCGUCAUUCAAGGAUGAGCUGGACGUCCUGAAAUUCCUCUGCAAGGAUCUGUGGAUGACCGUCUUCAAGAAGCAGGUGGAUAAUCUGCGCACCAACCAUCAGGGAACCUACAUGCUGCAAGACAAUCAAUUCCUCCUUCUAAGCCAGCUGUCCAAUGGGAAGCAGUACCUGGAGGAGGCACCCAAGUUUCUCGCCUUUACAUGUGGCCUUGUGAAAGGAGCUCUCUCCAACCUGGGCUUUGACAGCACUGUGACUGCCGAGGUGCCGGUGAUGCCGUCCAGUAAAUUUCAAGUGGUGAUUCAGAAAUCCUGACCUCGUGCUGGCGGCUGAGAAUGGGUAGAAGAGAGACAGUGGCUGCAGCCCUGUUUCAGUGGAGCUGGUUUCUGCUUUCUGGGUACCAGGAUGUCAUAGGUUUGCAAUAAAGUGUUUUUGAUUUC